CACGAAUCUAAUCAUGGCGGACAUGAGGAUUUACCGUGUGUUUGGAGGAAUCGCAAUGUUGUUGGCUAUAGCAAUAGCUGUAACUGUAGUGAUUGAUCUGGAACCAAAGAAGAAGAUGAUCCUUUUCAGAGUUCAAUUUCUUUUAGUAUUUUGUUUGGUACUUGGCGCUAUUUCGCGUUAUGUUUGGAUUAAUCUAACUGUGUUACUUCCGAACCGGCAUUCGAACUCAAGAGUGUUAGUCUUCACUCACUGGAUUUUGUAUGUUGUUCUCGCUACUUUUCUUGGGCUUGCUUUCUUCAGUUUUGUCAUUGGUCGAAUGCUUAUCAGUGUGGAGCCUUACUUCAUCAACAUGCUGGCAUUUACGUGUCUAGGUCUUCUUAUUUUGAUUUUCUUUAACUUAUUGGUACUAAGCGUUGUUUUUGGAUUGUUACGAAUGUGCAGCUUUAGAAUUCCCAAUCCUGACAAGUGGAAAACCAUAAUAGCUACAACUUUUUCUUUACUUCUUUGCAUACAAGGGUUAACAACGGCUUACAAAGGGCCAAAAAUAAGAUGGGUUACUGUUCCUCUUUCUAAACUACCGGCAUCUUUUGAUGGUACUACGGUAGUACAACUCUCAGAUAUUCACCUCGGGCCUUUGGUUGGAUUAGAUACUCUCGAAAGAGUUGUGAAGAUGGUAUCUGCUAUGAAGCCGGAUAUCAUCGUCAUUACAGGAGAUCUGGUGGAUUCUACCGUGGCAAACUUGAAAAAAGUUGUAUUUCCUCUCAAGAAGCUGAGAUCAAAGUACGGAUCAUACUUUGUUACAGGUAUGUAGACGUUGGCACUCUGUUGUUGUGUGUUGAUCGAUUAUUGAGGGGGGAAUAUGAUUGAUUAGCAUUAAGAGGGGAUGUAUUUGCACAGGGAGAAAGGACACUGGACUAAGCUUUUAGAUCUGAUGACACCACUACCUAUGAAUUGAAAAAUAAACAGACUGCUGCCAAGUAUUUGCACAUGGUUUGUAGAGUUCACUAGCUUGUUGUCCGUAGGUCCUCUGAAAUAUAUAAUGCCUCUCGUGUCCAUAUGGCAGAUAUGAAAUCUAUUGCCUGAGAGAACAAACUUUUUAAAACUAUGGCAGUUUUUCUUGACAAUUUUUUUUUGUAGUAACUGUGAUAUGAUACCUGUUAGGCUAGUUCUUAACCUUAGUUGGUUCCUAAGCAUGAAAGUUGAGUAAUCAUUGAGUGUUUGUUUUAAUUAUUGGUAGGAAAUCAUGAAUAUUACACUGGAGAUACUGAUGCAUGGCUUGAGGAACUCAAACAACUUGGAAUUCAACCUCUUCACAACUCGCAUGUUGUUAUUUCAAACAAAGCCAGUCCUGGAGACAAAUUAUAUCUUGCUGGAGUAGAUGAUCCAGAUGCUGACCGUAUGAGGUGACAUUCUUACCCUUUACACUCUAACAUCAAAAUGCAUAUUCUCUGCACUGUUCUCCAAGGUGCUGACAAGGAGAGGAGCUUCUUUAAUUUCUGAUCAUUUCCUUUAUUCUCACAACCUUGUUGUGUGAUUCAGGGCAUUAUUGUUUAAUUGUUUCAAACCUUUGGUCAUAAUUGAUAAAAAACCUCACCCCACUUCCCCCCUUCCCAUGAUUAUAAGAGUGUAUUAACCUCUUACUUGAUUUCUUUGAAAUUCUUAGUUAAGUGAAGUGAGAUUAAAAGUCAUUACAGUCUUAUAGGACCUAUCAGUGUAGAAGUGGAAGAAAGAAAUCUGUGAAAUUCUAAAGUAAAAUUAUGGAAAACAUAAUGAUUGAUGGUGGAUGACUAUUCGUAUUUCAUUUUUUGUGUCAUUUUAGUAAAGCCAAUUCUACCUUUACCAAAAUUUAAUUUUAUAAAUGCAGGUAUCAGAACCAUGGUAUGAAGUUGUCACAAGCCCUAAAUGGCAGAUCCAGCAGGUUUCUCACAGUUCUCUUGGCACACCAACCAAAGGCUGCCCAGCAAGCAUUGGACCAGUAUCAGGACAUUGAUUUGAUAUUGUCAGGGCACACUCAUGGAGGACAGUUCUUUCCCAUGAACAUACUGAUAUAUUUUUUCAAUCCAUUUUUUGCUGGACUUUAUAAAUAUAAAGAAAGUUAUGUUUAUGUUACCUCAGGAACAUGUUUUGCUGCUGUACCUUUGAGAAUUGGCUCUGUAGGAGAGAUAACUGUGCUUUCAUUAACUACCCCAAAGCUAUGAAUUUCUGUCAAUCAGUUACUUUAGUGGGGAACCAUUUGGGGUAUUUAUUGCAGCUGGAGCAGUGUUAAGAAAAAGUGAAUCACCUUGAUUUUUUGGUAAAUUGGGUUUGUGCAGUUGAUAGUAAAGGUAAAAAGAUUCCUAACUUAAGUCUUUCACCUUCUCCCUUGGAAUCUUUGGCAACAAUGAAGUUUCUCCAUUUAGCCGUAUCUUUGCCACAUAUAAGAUCCUAAGGGUCUUUUACCUGACUGAUAUCCAACACAAUACUUUUAAUAGUUUAAUGCUUUAUUUGGUAAUACUUGACUAAGUUUCUCAACACUUGCUCACAUGGUGCUUUGGUUCAUCAGUUUUUAUACUCUUAUGUAUCAUAAC